ACAUUGAUGACCUUGCUCGAUUAUUCACCACUUUCUAUAGAUCAUUGUAAUAAAUCAUCAAUGUCAUUACUGCGGGCAAAUGUAUGUCCACAUGAAGAAAUCGAAAUUGUUACACUUAGAGAACCUUGUAUUAAAGCAUACACAAAAUAUAUAAGGACCAGAAAGCCUGGAUGUAAUGGCCAAUUUCGGACGUGUUCUGUUAGAGAACCCAAAACUGUUUAUUAUCGAACGUACAAGAAUGUCACAAGGACUAGGAGGCACACAACAGUGCAAUGUUGCUCAGGUUGGAUUCAUCUUCCAGGUCAAGAAGGAUGUCAAAGAGUAAUUUCAGCAAAUUGCACAUCAGAAUUGUGUCAUAAUGGUGCAACAUGCAUUCCUGCACAAAAUGGAACAGAGGAGAUUUGUCAAUGUUCCUUAGGAUUCCAAGGAAGCCGGUGUCAAUAUGAUAUAAAUGAAUGCGUUGUGGAUAAUGGUGGAUGCCAUCAUGACUGUGUCAAUACAAUCGGAACAUUUUACUGUCGAUGUUUUCCAGGAUUUCAACUGGAUAUUGAUCAAAGGCGUUGCAUAGACAUCAAUGAAUGUUUAAUGGACAAUGGUAAAUGCGAAUAUCGUUGCGUGAAUACUGAAGGGGGGCAUCGUUGUGAGUGUCCUCCUCGUAAGCAACUUCAUUCAGAUGGACGAAAAUGCGUUUCUAAGAAUAAAUGCAAUAUUGAUAAUGGUGGUUGUGAGCAUUUUUGCGAGGAACACAGUGGAAAAUUUUAUAGGUGCAAAUGCAAGCGUGGUUAUCGACUUGCCAGUGAUAAACGCAAAUGUCACCGUAUGCUAUAUCUUUCAGUUUUAUUAGAAUGUAAUUCAGCUAUUGACCCUUGCUUAAAUGAUAAAGCUGGGUGCCAACAACACUGUGUUAAUGUAAAUGGAAAAGCUGUAUGUCAAUGCUUUGGUGGCUUUCAACUGGCUCCUGAUCGCAGAUCAUGCAUGGACAUUGAUGAGUGCUCAUUGAGAGAAGGAGGAGGCUGUCAGCAUGAAUGUAUUAAUAUUUUCGGGUCAUAUCGAUGUCGUUGUCAUGAAGGUUUUCAACUUUCUGAAGAUGGACGAAGUUGUAAUCAAAACCUAGAUGGAUGCAAGAUAGGAAAUGGUGGUUGUCAACAUGACUGCUAUGAUCAGCCUGAUGGAGGAGUAAAGUGUGGCUGUAGAUCUGGGUAUCAACUUAUGGCUGAUCGCAAAUCAUGUUCAGAUAUCAACGAAUGUAACAUCAACAACGGUGAGUGCGAUCAAAUCUGUGAGAAUAUGCCUGGUUCUUUUCAGUGUUUUUGUAAACAAGGAUAUAUGAUGACUCAUACUGGAAAAACUUGCGAAGACAUCAAUGAAUGUGUAUCAAAUAAUGCCGGUUGUGAACAGAAGUGCUUUAAUGAAGAUGGAGGAUAUAAGUGUGAAUGCGAAGGCGGAUAUAGGUUAGCUGACGAUCAACAUUCGUGUCAAGAUAUAAAUGAAUGCUUGAAUAACAAUGGCGGAUGCAGUCAUUUAUGUAAGAACGAAGUUGGAAGAUAUCAUUGUGAAUGUUUUGCUGGUUUUAUUUUAGCAAAGGAUGGAAGAAAUUGCAUCGCAGCAUCUGAUACAGUUUUACUACAAAUUGGGCAAACAUGUGAAUAUGGGCAUUUUGGCAUUGACUGCCAGUAUAGUUGCAAAGAUUGUCAAAAUGGAGGGCGCUGUAAUCGUCACAAAACAUUUUGCGAAUGUUCGAUUGGAUAUAAAGGAGUUUUAUGUGAAGAAAAAUGCCCGGAAGGAACAUGGGGAUUUGGAUGCACGCAGAUCUGUGACUGUGAUGGUCAAACAUGCAACCAUAUAACGGGAGAAUGUUCUUGCCCGCCUGGAGUAAAAUGCGACGACGAUUGCCCUGAAGGUUUUUAUGGCCCAUUUUGCGAACUUCCAUGUCGUAUGAAUUGUUCGUCGGGGCAUUGCGACAGAUCAUUUGGUUAUUGUAAUUGCCCUCUUGGUUUAUUUGGAGAGAAUUGUGACCAAGAAUGCCCAAAAUUUACAUACGGAAAAAACUGCCGACAUAUUUGUAAAUGCGUAAAACAAAAUUCAGAAAGUUGUGAUCCGAAGACUGGUAAGUGUAUUUGCAAAAGCGGUUUUUAUGGACCAUUCUGUAGAAGACGGUGUCCGAUAGGACUUUAUGGUCCCUCAUGUGCCCUGAAAUGUCAGUGCGAGAACAGCAUGAUGUGCAACCAUGACACGGGUGAAUGUAUCAAAAAAUGUCCAGCUGGUUUCACUGGCGAUCAUUGCUCAAUGCUAUGUUCGCCGGGUACAUACGGCCAAAAUUGUUCACAAAAGUGCAAUUGCUCUAAAGGCGAACCUCAAGUAUGCCAUCAUGUUACAGGCACCUGCACUUGUCUUCCAGGAUUAUUUGGUGCAAAAUGUGAUCAGCUUUGCCCAUCCGGAUUGUAUGGGCCUAACUGUCAGCAUGAAUGUGCAUGUAAAAAUGGAGCUGAUUGCAACAGCAAAGAUGGGUCAUGCAUUUGCCCUCCGGGCUUCUACGGAGCCGCAUGCAGUGAAGUUUGUCCACCUGGUCGCUUCGGUGUAGAUUGUAUGAAAUUAUGCGAUUGUCACAAUGGAGCAAAUUGCUCACCUGUUAACGGUACAUGUGUAUGUCAAGAUGGCUAUACUGGAGAGAAAUGCGAUAUACCAUGCGAAAAAGGCUAUUAUGGAAAAAACUGCAGUCAAAAAUGUGUAUGUGUGGGAGAAAUGCGAUGCGAUCCAGUCGACGGUGAAUGUAUAUGUCCCCCCGGUUAUAGAGGAAAAGCUUGUAAACAAACAUGUGAAAAUGGGCGAUUUGGCGCUGGAUGUAAAGGCCUUUGUACAUGUCAAAAUAAUGGAACCUGUGACCCAAUUACUGGUUCUUGCAAAUGUACGGCUGGUUGGAGGGCACGUUAUUGCGAUAGACCAUGUCCAGACGGGCGAUAUGGCCUUGGAUGUAAAAAUAUCUGCGAUUGCACUUCUGCAGCUACAGAUGAAAUAUCACCAUUUGUGACAAAAUGUCAUCCAGUCUCUGGCGAAUGUCUUUGUGCGGAUGGUUGGACAGGUCCAGAUUGUAGGACUCCUUGUCCACCAGAUAGGUACGAUGGGGUGUCGGGUGCAAAUCCGAAUGUUUCUGCCAUAAUAAUGGCACAUGUGACAGGCUUACAGGCUUUUGUGACUGCCCUUCUGGAUUUAUGGGUCGAAGAUGUGAACAAGCAGAAAUUCAACCGCUGUUUAGAAUGCCCACCAGAUCUCUAUGGACCAAACUGCAUAAAUCAUUGUCUAUGUAUGCAUCACGGUACAUGUGAUUCGAAGACUGGAAAAUGUGCAUGCAGCGAAGGAUGGACAGGCCCAGCUUGUGAAUUCAUUUGCCCGUUUGGUCAAUAUGGAAAGAACUGUGAAAAAAGCUGUGAUUGCCUCAAUGGAGCAAGUUGCAACCGAACAGAUGGCGUAUGCCAAUGCUUACCAGGGUGGAUUGGUAAAAGGUGUGAGCAACCGUGCCCUCAUGGCCAAUUUGGCGAACGCUGUGAGGAAGUAUGUCAGUGCGAAAAUGGUGCCACAUGCGACUCUAUAAGCGGUCAUUGUCACUGUGCCUCAGGUUGGAGAGGACGAAAAUGUAAUCGACCUUGUUUGAAAGGCUAUUAUGGCCAACAUUGUGCUCAAACUUGUCGAUGCCAAAAUCUGAAGCCAUGCGAUCAUAUAACUGGACGCUGUCAAUGUCCACAAGGUUAUACUGGUCAUUCAUGCACGCAGCUUUGCCCUCCCGGAUCGUUUGGAGAAGGUUGUUUGCAUAAGUGUGAUUGUGGUCCAAAUACUGAAUGUGACCCAAUCACUGGAAAAUGUUUCUGCAAAUCUGGAUAUACAGGCAAAGAAUGUAGCGAAGGAUGCGUCCAAGGACGUUUUGGAGCAAAUUGUCAAGAAAUAUGUCAGUGUUUCAAUGGUGGUAUUUGUGAUUCAGUUACUGGGUCAUGCACUUGUCCACCAGGAUUUGUGGGAACUAAAUGUGAUAUCCCUUGUCCAAAAAAUCGCUUUGGCGAUCGAUGCGAAAAGAUUUGUGAAUGUGAAAAUGGUGGUACAUGUGACCGUUUGACUGGUCAGUGCCGCUGCCAUCCUGGAUUUACUGGACUACAAUGUCAGCAAGCUUGCCCAGAAAAACGCUAUGGUCCUGGCUGCAGAGAGAAAUGUCGGUGUGCGAACCAAGGACAUUGUGACCCAGUAACUGGCCAGUGCAGAUGUUCUUUGGGAUAUACCGGGCCAACUUGUGAACAAGCUUGUCCAAACGGGAAAUACGGUAUGAACUGUACAUUGGAUUGUGAAUGUCAUGGCGAUGCAAGGUGCGAUCCCGUUCAAGGUUGCUGUGAUUGCCCAGCAGGAAGAUACGGAACUCGUUGCCAAUAUACAUGCCCAAGCGGUUUCUACGGCUGGUAUUGCAGCCAAAGCUGUAACUGCAAAAAUGGAGCCACGUGUGACCCAGGCGAUGGUCAAUGUCUUUGUUCACCUGGGUAUUUCGGCGAUCAGUGCGAACAAACAUGUAUGAACUAUACCUAUGGUCCGCAUUGUCAACUAAACUGUGAUUGUGGCAUAUAUCCAUGUGAUCCCAAAACUGGUCAAUGCGAUUGUCCAAUGGUUUGUAGAUCUGGAAGAUAUGGAAAAAACUGCAAAGAGCGAUGUGAAUGCUACAAUGGAGCAAGCUGUGACCGGGUAACUGGGAAAUGUUAUUGUGCCCCGGGAUAUCUUGGAUCAACAUGUCAACAGGAACAGCUAGGUUCUCAACCCAAAUUUAAAUUUAAAAAACAGCCUAUCUACCAUAAAAUCGUUGUAAAUUGCCAACAUCCCCAUACCAUGAUUUAA